AGCGCCUAGUACGGUCCUGUCAUUCAGAUGAGGAUUGUCAAAAGAGGUUCUAAGUUUGACUUUGUGGUUAGUUUUAUGCGUUAUAGAACGAACGUUUGUAUAUUUGUAAUUUAACAUUCGUUUAACACUGAAUUGUAAUGAAAAACAAGAUGGAAAUGCGUAAAAAACGGGACAGCAGUUCAUCGUCUUCGAGUUCGUCAAGUUCAUCCAGCAGCGAGUCGGAGAAAAGUCGCUCUAAGUCGCCAGCAAAAAAAAGUAAACAAGACAACAAUCCAAAACAUUCAAGAGACUCUUCAAAACAUUCAAGACUACGAUCACCGGUUAAGAAUCGCGAUGUAAAAUCAAAGUGGGACAGUCCCGAUGAACGAGUGGAUAAAAAACGAACAUCAGAACAUGGCAGGAGAGAUAAACCAUUACCAGAUGACUAUAGACACAGUAAAUCAUCAGAUAACCACAGAUUAGAACGAUCUCGAGAGCGGAGGCCUAGGGACAACAGUAGGGACAGAGAAAAUGCUAGAGAUUUAAAUAACAGGGGUGAUAGAAGAUCAAGCAGGGAUGGUAGGGACAAUAAUCAGAGCAGGCAUAGGGGCAGCAGCAGAGAUCAUUCCACACAUAGAAAAACAUUUGAGAGGGAUACAAGGGAUAGAAGGAGAGACAGAAGCAGAUCUCCACAGAGUAGCAGUGGUAAUAAGUUGAAACUGCAAUUGAUGAGUAAAAGUACGUUCUUUUCGAACGCAAAUAAGUUGAAACAAUUGAAUGCGGAACCGGAUAAGGUCAGUUUGAAGAAUCCGACAUGUUGUAGUUAUGUUUAUGGCGGAUUGUACAUUCCAUUGAUUGCACAAAUUGCGAGUCUUGUAUUGAGUGGAACGCCUAUUGAAGAUUUAAAACAGAAGUUGUUGCAUUUUGGUGAGUUGGCUGUAAGCGGAAAGUAUUUUAAUGCUAAGAAAAGUUUAAUGGUUUAUAUCAUUGGCGGAAUAACGUAUUCGGAAAUUGCGGCGUUGAAUUUAUUGGAAUCCAUGAUGGGCGUUAAGAUUAUUAAAGUUAGUGAUAGAAUUAUAUCGAAAAACGACAUUGCUAACGCGUUUAUACAAUAA